AUGUCCAACUUCAGUGCCUGCGCGGUGUGUGGCGAUCAGAGUUCCGGGAAACACUACGGCGUAGCCUGUUGCGACGGAUGCUCGUGCUUCUUCAAGCGAAGCGUGCGGCGUGGCAGUAGCUACGCCUGCAUCGCCCUUGCUGGGAACUGUGUUGUGGACAAGGCCAGAAGGAACUGGUGUCCUUCGUGCCGCUUUCAGCGGUGUCUGGCUGUGGGAAUGAACUCCGCCGCCGUUCAGGAGGAGCGGGGUCCGCGCAACCAGCAGGUUGCUCUGUACAGGAGCACUAGAAGACAUCUUCCGCCAUCGGUGUCUGCACCAUCCCCAACACCACACUCCCAGACAUUUCACUUUCAGAUUCUGGCCCAGAUCCUCGUCACAUGCCUGCGACAGGCGAAGGCCAAUGAGCAGUUCACGCUUCUGGAACGCUGCCAGCAGGACGCUAUCCUGCAGGUGGUGUGGAGCGAAAUCUUCGUCCUGCGAGCCUCCCACUGGUCGCUGGACAUCAGCGCCCUGAUCGAGGGCUGUGGCGACGAGCAGCUCAAGCGCCUCAUCUUUGAAGCCCACCAAAUGAAGGCGGACGUGCUGGAAUUAAAUUUCCUGGAGUCGUUAAUCUUGUCCAGAAAAGAAUUAGCCAUCAGUGCGGAAUACGCCAUCAUCCUGGGAAGACACUCCAACGCCGCCCUGGUUUCCUUAGCCCGUUACACCCUGCAGCGAUCCAAUUAUUUGCGAUUUGGCCAGCUCCUCCUUGGUCUGAGGCAACUCUGCCUGAAGCGGUUCGACUGCGCAUUGUCUUGUAUGUUUCGCACAGUUGUUAGUGACAUUUUAAAAACACUUUAAGUUUAAAAUAAACAAACCUGAGACACAUCCACUGAAGGCAUUUACCCGGAUCGAGAAUUAGGA